AUGACGGAUAUCUCAGAGCGGCCGCACAAGAAGAGGAGGUUCUUCGUCGACGACUCGCCUGAGCAGAAGACGACAUUCGACCCUCAACCCAGUCUGCCAGAUGAGAUCGAACCGCUACCGGAGGCGAACAACUACUCCACCAGCAACGGCGUGCCUGCGACUAAGGAUGACGGCUUCGAUAGGGAGACGUUCAAGGCCGUCACUGGAGCAGAAUUAGAAGAGCACGCGUUCCAGGCCUUACAGCACGAGUUUGGGGACAAUGUCGAACGGGCUAUCAACGCCUUCUUCGACGGGUCAUGGAAGGAGGCACCAGCCGUCAAAUCACCAGCUCCAAACGGAUUACACGCCCAUAGACCAGUAUCUCAGUCUCGCUCGCCCGGCCAGGCACCUACUCGGACUCCACCGGCAGCUGUCAAGCCAACCUCCACACCACCCCAAGCGCCUGCUCUAGAGUCUAUGCCCGGAAAGAGGUACAUUGGAGCUCUCGGUGUCAAUGGAUGGUCCACGAAGAGCGGGAGUGGCCUGCUGAAGGAUGGUGAUGUCGUCAAGAUUGAGCGACCAACACAACCUACUGGCCCCCAGAAGACAGCCGGACGUGGUGGGAAGGGCAAGCAGGUGGGGAGAAAGAAUCCGGAUGUCGUGGUACGCUUCACGGACAAACGAGGCUAUGAGUUGGGAAGGCUGGAGCAGGAGGUGGCUACGUGGAUGAGCGCAUUGAUUGACCAGAGGGUCUGUCUCUUUGAGGGGCACUGCAUCUAUGCUCCAGAGCGACUGCGGACGAAUGACACGGUGAUCCUGCAACUUCGGUGCUAUUUGCUGAAGCAGACCUUCGAAGCCGGAAACUUCAUCAAGCCGCAGGAGAACAACCGCCAAACCGGCAUCUUCGAGGCGAAAGAGACGCAGGACGAGCGGAGCUUGAGAAUGCGGCAGAUCGGUCUGGUCAAGCUCUUCUCUGAGAUUAACCUCCAGCCUUCGAAAGUCAACGAGACGACAGCGAAGCACAAGCGAGAAGGCAUCCUGCAGGCUGCUGAGAUAGCAGAGCAAUAUGAAGACAGCUCUGCUUCGAACAAGAAGUCCACGUCGGACAAGAGCACUCCUGCAGAAAAUGGAGGCUCCUCGCCACCUUCUGAAAAGGACAAUGAGGCUGAGGAGGGUGAGGAGCUAGAGCAAGAUCAACUGGAUACGUUGUACAAGAAAGCGCAAUCGUUCGACUUUGAUACUCCGGUCGCUGAGCCGGUAAAGACAUUCGCGAUGGAUCUGCGGAAAUACCAAAAGCAAGCGCUGCACUGGAUGAUCAACAAGGAGACGAGCCAGGGUCAGGACCACAAGGAGCAGCAGAGCAUGCACCCACUGUGGGAAGAGUAUCACUGGCCUGUCAAGGAUGCCGAAGACAAAGAUCUGCCUGCGGUGAGCGGCCAGGAUACCUUCUACGUCAACCCAUACAGCGGCGAGCUGAGCCUUGACUUCCCUGUGCAGGAGCAGAAUUGCCUUGGAGGUGUUCUUGCCGACGAGAUGGGAUUAGGCAAGACGAUUGAGAUGCUCAGCUUGAUCCAUUCCCACAUCUCACCUGAGCAGGAAGCGGCGAUGGCGAGCGCUUCUGCAAAGAAGGCCGACGGCGUCAACUCGCUUCCCCGUCUUUCGAAGGGCUCUUCCAGCAUCGAGCCAGCACCUGCCACCACGCUUGUGGUCGCGCCAAUGUCUUUGCUCGCACAGUGGGCUAGCGAAGCGGAGAAAGCAUCGAGUGCAGGCUCGCUGAAAGUGCUCGUGUACUAUGGCACGGAGAAGAAUAUCGACCUGAAGACGAUCUGCUGUGCUUCCAACGCCGCCUCUGCGCCCAACGUUGUCAUCACAUCAUACGGCGUUGUGCUUUCAGAAUCCAACUCUGUCGCUUCCGCCCACGGUGGCAACAAGGGCGCCUCCAGCGGCCUGUUCAGCUUGGACUACUGGCGCAUCAUCCUCGACGAAGGCCACAUGAUCAAGAACCGCCAGUCCAAGACUGCACGCGCCUGCUAUGAGCUCUCGGCCACUCACCGCUGGGUCCUCACCGGCACGCCCAUCGUGAACCGACUGGAGGAUCUCUUCUCCCUCGUCCGCUUCCUGCGUGUCGAGCCAUGGGCGAACUUCAGCUUCUGGAAGACCUUCAUUACCACGCCAUUCGAGAAGGGUGAAUUUGUACGCGCUCUUGACGUCGUGCAGACAGUGCUUGAACCUCUCGUGCUCCGCAGGACCAAGGACAUGAAGACGCCUGAUGGUGAAGCUCUCGUUCCACUCCCGCCUCGCACCAUCGAGAUCGAGAAGGUGAAGUUGAGUGAUCCCGAACGCGAGGUCUACAACCAUAUCUUUGCGCGCGCGAAGCGCACUUUUGCCGCUAAUGUAGAGGCUGGGACGCUGAUGAAGAGCUACACGACCAUCUUUGCGCAGAUUCUGCGAUUGAGGCAGAGUUGUUGCCAUCCGGUGCUUACGCGGAACAAGACCUUACUUGCUGAAGAGGAGUCCGCGGCCGCUGAUUCGGAUAUCGCGAAUGGGCUUGCGGACGACAUGGAUCUGAGCGCGCUGCUCGAGCGGUUUCAAGCUGAGGAAGACGAACAGGAUGCUGCGCGCUUUGGGAGUCAUGUGUUGAAGCAGAUCCAGGAGGAAGCGGACAUGGAGUGUCCGAUCUGCAGCGAGGAGCCGAUGGUCGAGCAGGCGGUCACGGGCUGCUGGCAUUCUGCCUGUCGGGGAUGUCUAGUUGACUACAUCGAGCGCCAGACCGCCAAGGGAGAAGUGCCACGAUGCUUCAACUGCCGUGAGCCGGUCAGUCUCAGGGACGUCUUCGAAGUCGUACGCCACGAGGACGAAGACUCCGACUCCGAAGAAGAAGACGCAGACGGCAAAGAAGCAGCCGGCCGCUUAACCUCAGCCAUGGACAUCGACGCAGACGAAGACGAGCUAUACACCAGCACCCAACCCUCCGCCACCAAACCCAAACCACCCCCCCGCAUCUCCCUCCGCCGCAUCAACCAACUCUCUUCAGCCAAAAUCACCACCCUCCUCCGCCAACUCAAAGCCCUCAAACGCGCCGACCCCACGACCAAAGUCGUCAUCUUCUCCCAAUUCACCUCCUUCCUCGACCUGCUCGCGCCCGCGCUGUCUUCCGCCUCCGUCUCGCACCUCCGCUUCGACGGGUCGAUGAGCCAGAAGAACCGCACCGCCACGCUUGCGACCUUUAACUCGCGGCCGAAAUUCACGGUUUUGUUAUUAAGUUUGCGGGCUGGAGGUGUAGGCUUGAAUCUGACGGUGGCGAAUAAGGUUUUCAUGAUGGAUCCGUGGUGGAGCUGGGCGGUGGAGGCGCAGGCGAUUGAUCGCGUGCAUCGGAUGGGGCAAGGGCAGGAGGUGAGGGUGGUGCGGUUGGUGGUGGAGGGGAGUAUUGAGGAGAAGAUGCUUAGGGUGCAGGAGAGGAAGAAGUUUAUUGCGAGUUCGUUGGGCAUGAUGAGUGAUGAGGAGAAGAAGGCGCAGAGGAUUGAGGAUAUUAGGGAGUUGUUGAGUUGA